AUGCCUUACACAACUCCUCCCUACCCCGUCUCCCGCAGCCCAAGCCCCUCCCGCCUCCCCUCCAACAACCAACCCCAACGCACCACCUCCUCCAUCCCUCCCUACCCCGUCUCCCAAGGCCCCAGCUCAACCCUCCCCUACUCCGACAUCUCAGAGCUCGCACUCCCCAGCCCCCUCAUCCCCGUCGACCCCCGCCCCUUCCAGAGCAUCCAACUAAUCGGCCUCAAACGCAGCGCCUACGCCUCCUACGUCCCCCGUUCCGGUCCCAGUUCCCCGCUCUUCUACCCCGAAGACUGCCCCCACGGCCCUCCCUCCCCGACCCACGACUACUUUGGCGACAAGGACUACCCUCCUCGCUCUCUGAUCCUCACAGAGUCCCUCAUCGAGACGCUUCACACGGCCCUCAGCAUCGACAUUGUAGACGAGCUCGGCAUCGUCGUCAUCCUGCCCCCGACCUUUUCUCGGCCGCCGCAGUGGGAGGCUACGCUUUAUUCGCAGGAUCCGUCGCCAAAGGGAGAAUACAUCGAGCUGCUUGCGUACGGACCGAAUGCUGGUGUGAAUCCAAAGUAUCUCUCGGACGCGGCGUUGAUGAUUGAGAUCCGGGACGAGGCCAAGCUGGUGGAGAAUAUUGGGGAGGGAUUGACGUUUCGCUCGUUGAGACAUAUGCUCGAGGCAUAUUAUGAACUUUUGUACGGAUCAAGCUGA